GUCGCGCUGCAGAGAUACUCUCCGAGAUCCUCCACAUCUUCUCACUGUUCGCUCCGAGUCUCCCUGUGCAGUUCAGAAUGAAGGUGUUCGUGUUGGUGGUGCUUGCCGCCGUCUAUGUGCAGGCGGACCCGACCCCGUUCGCCCAGCAGGUGCGGGACUACACGGCGCUGGUCUCCACCUCCCUGCAAGGCUUCCGUGUCAUGGCUGAGGGCGAGUACAAUGACAAGAUCAAACAGGAACUGCGUCCCGUGAUCCGUCUGAAGCUGAGGAACUCUGCUGACCGUAUGGAGGCCAAGAUGCAGGUUAUGGCCGACGAGUGGAGGGCGACUUACGUAGCGAACAGGGAGAACGACAGGGCACUGGCACGUAGUCUGGUUGAAUACAGCGUUAAGUUGGCCCGCGGUCACGGAGAGGCACAGAACUACUACCUUAACCAGAUCAAGCCGCUGUUGACUGCCCAUGAGGGUCGCGUGAUGAGGAGCUACUUCAACACCCUGUCCGCCCAGGCCGCCACCAUGCAGGCGUCCUUCGCCACCUUCUUCGACGCCAACCUCAAGCCGACCAUGCUGCAGCUUCAGGCUCAGGCUCAGACCCUGACCGAGGAACCCGCGCUGUCUCCGUUUGCGGACUCCUUGAAGCAGUAUUCCGUUCUGAUGGGCCAGAAGCUCCGCGACGUCACCUUCCAGGUUCGCGUCGAGUAUGACGACAAGAUCAAGGACCAACUGCGCCCCGUCGUUCGUGAGAAGGUGAAGACCCUGAAUGACAAGCUCAAGGAGCGCAGCAUGGCCGUCUUCAAGCAGUGGACGGACUACUUCAAGGCUCACAAGGACAGCGAUGAGGAGCUCAUGAGGGGAAUGACCGCUGCGAACACCCAGCUGAUUGACUCUUGGCGCCAGGUUGGCCGCUUCUUCAGGGAGCGUAUCAUCCCGCUCACCAACGCUCAGGAGAGGCAGGUUCUCCAAGUGUUCUCUGGACAGGUCGGGACUCUCUUCACCACCAUGAAGGCUGAGAUGGACAGUUCCUUCAGCACCAUGGUGGCACCCUUCAUGCCAGCCCGGCCGACUGCCUAAACGUCGACCUCAGACACCACAGCUGACGUCAUCAGCGCUGGAUAGCAGACUGUGAUCUCUUCUCUGGCACCGGCUUUGAAUCAACAAUUGCAAAAGUCUUACUGUCAAAAAUAAAGAGAAAUCAGAGUCUGCA